CUGGACGGAUCUGGACAGAUGCAGAUGUUUUGAUGAGAUGUUCUUUAUUGCACUCAGGCUCCCAAAGCAGAGACAGAAAGUGAAAAUUACCUGGGAACAAUUUCCUCGAAGAUUAUGGGUUUUUUUUCUCAUUCUUCAUCCAAUGCAUGUUCUUAUUCCUGUCAGCGGGUCAGAGUGUACUUUGAGAUUGUGAAGGUCAAAUUAACUUUGAAGAGAAUGAGAAAAUGUAGUGUACGAUUUGAGAUAUUUACGCACAGAUAGUUAAUUAUUCUUGUGCCACACCAGUGUGCGUAAAGUGGAAGUCUGAGCGCGCACAAAGGCGGAACGUCACUGCGGGAGUAGCUGUUACCAGAUGCGUUAUUCGGAGUAUGAGUGAGGGCUAUGGACGGUUCAUCGAUUGAUUUCACUGGAACCAUUUUUCAUCCUGCUUCCACGGUGGUCCACUAUGGUCUCAUCCACGAUUCCUGAGUGAAUUCUAACUGAAAAUGAUAAAAUCUUUGUUUCUCUUGUUUCUGCGGAACGUGAUUUAGAUAUAAUAAGGAUUCAUUGUCACUGAUGUUUCGCUCGAUUAUGGCUCUUUUUUGGGUCCAGUAAGAGAAUCUCACAGCGACAGACGCGUCUGCGGCGGUGAAGACCGGUGGAGAGACUGGAGAACUCGCGGCGCGCAGGAGAAGGUCUCUUCCUGUCUUCAAAUCGGAGCUAUUACAACAGAAACAGGAGCGCCAUGGUGAACUCGCUCAUACUGCUGCUCAGCUGGACGAUGAUCUCCGAGGUUGCGAGAGCUCAGAAUGAUACGGAGCCGGUCGUCCUGGAAGGAAAAUGCCUGGUGGUGUGCGACUCCAACCCGGCCACGGACUGGAGGUCCUCGUCCUCACCGCUCGGCAUCUCCGUGCGCGCCGCCAACUCCAAGGUGGCUUUUUCUGCAGUCCGGAGCAACAAUCACGAGCCGUCAGAAAUGAGCAACAAAACAAGAAUAAUCUACUUCGAUCAGGUGCUUGUGAAUAUAGGAAACUACUUCACAUUUGAGUCUGUCUUUCUUUCCCCAAGAAAAGGAGUCUACAGUUUUAACUUCCACGUCAUUAAAGUGUACCAGAGUCAAACUAUACAGGUUAACUUGAUGCUAAACGGAAAACCAGUCAUCUCUGCCUUUGCAGGCGACAAAGAUGUGACUCGUGAAGCUGCCACCAAUGGAGUUCUACUUUAUCUUGAAAAAGAGGACAAAGUUUAUCUGAAGCUGGAAAAGGGAAAUCUAGUGGGCGGAUGGCAAUAUUCAACGUUCUCCGGCUUUCUCGUUUUCCCUCUGUAGAAGAAAAUAAAAAGCAAGAACAAAGAAAGGACAAUUGUAAGUCUGCAGACUUCUUCAUAAUGUGUUGUCACAGUAUAAUCAAAACAUUGCUGCUUCAUCUGCUGGAUUCAGCCAAACGACUGAAAAAUGACAUGAAUAAAUACAUAACGACAUGGAAAGGAAGUGACUUUGGAAAAUGCUCACAUUCUGGGGAGAAGUCAGGUUUGGGUCAAAAAGACUUGAAAUAUUCUUAAUCGCUACAAUGUGUUUCUGUCACUCAAGCAGCCCUGAGAAGAGCACUUACACAAACAAAAGACACUGUUCAAACUUUGAUUUGCUGAAAUAUGCUUAGGAUGCUGUGAUUUUUUUGUGCCACGAUUAUGGAAUUUAGUUUCAUCUGCUCUUGUUGGUGUAAACUGUAUUUGUUGGCUGUAUCAACUAUCAUGACCAAUGUGAGAACAUGAGAGCAAUGAAUCUUAAUUAGAUCAGUAACACAAAAUGCUCAGUUUCUGAGUUUGUUGGAGCUGUAACUUAGAACCAGUUCAAGACAUAAAUGAACUAAGCCACUUCUUAGCACGCUAAUAGGGGUUUAAGUUCUCUACUUUUAUACAUUUCUAUUACUUCCUUCAAUUUCAGUGUUGUAGGAAGAUAUGCGGCCAUGCAUGAAAAGGAUUGAGAAUCUCCUUUCCACCCAUUAAACACAGAAGCAGACAGAAUUUCAUGAGCUACUGCUGAGCUAGCGUGCUAUCAAUUUUUCAUACAUGUCAAAAAGUUCCAUAGCAUGAGCAGUGUAGCUUUUACACACCGUGUACACUACAUGUGUACCACCUCAACAGUGUUUUUGCAACUGCUACUCAUUAUUGCAACAGUGGCACAACAAUUACUAACCUUUUCACAUUCAACACUAUUUAAACAAUCUGUCUGCGCUAAUGAAGAAUCACUCACCUCAAGCUGCCAGAUGCUUGAAACUUAAGAAACUGACAACUUGUACUUUAUGACUAACAGAUAUCUGAGUUCAUCAACAAUCAUGACCAGAUAAGAAUGUAGUAAGAUUUCAACAAUUUUAAAAAUGUAGGGCAAAUACCGAUCUCAUCCUAGGAUCAGUAUUUGAGGACUUGACUGGGGAAUGUAAAUCCAAAUUAUUUGUGGAAAAUUUGCCUAUUGCUGGGUUUCAGACACGUGACCCGAAUGACGCGCGAAAUUCAGAUGGAGGGUCGGAAAUGGAUUUCUCUGGUAAAACAAAUCAAAAUUGAUCACAAUAGUAUGCUAAUGCCCUAAGCAGGCUGGAACAGACAAGGCAUCUCGAAAAAAUGUGUGUAUAUUUAGGAUAUGAUUUGUAUUAUCUCGGCAAAAAAAGACUUCUCUUAUAAUCUUGAGGAUUUACCCAGCAUCGAGGCGAUCCACGUAACUAACUGGAGCUGCAGGCCUCAUAUUAUAUUAUAAAUGAGUGAGAAGAAAGCUUUCAAAAGCCUGGAGAAUACAAUCAUUUAGUUUCAAGUUGGGUCAAGCAUUUAGGAUCAAAAGAAGAUUUAAAUGGCUGUCGACUUGUUUCUGCCGGGUCAGUAUUGAAUUGUGCUAUUUUAAGUAUCGCUAACAACGAACUAAACCAUGUUAUUUCUAUGUGCUUGGAUCUCCUGGUAAAUAAUUUAUUUAGCUUCUGCAAACCCAAAUUCAUGCUGAAGUUAUACGUUAAUGUUGAGUCAUUGUAAGACGCUGGAUUCAGGUCCAAUGUAGGUCAACGAUUCGCUCCGAUCUACAGAAACCCCCAUGUCCAU